CUACUACACACAACGUCCGUUCGACGACGAUAAUAUCGUUCGACAACAACUUUAACUUUACUUACGUCUUACCUUUCGAAUGGAAUGCCAAGUUGAUGUUAAACGAUUCAUGGUUCUUCCGUCAUGCUUAUAUUUAUGUUUUCGCGUUUGUAGUAUUUGAGAGAGAAAAUAAAAAAAAAAAGGUAACGUCGAGUUAUGUUAUUAGCAGCCAAGUUCGAAAGUUCCAUUCGUGUUUAGUGUAGAGUAUUUUACAUCUAAGCGACGCGAAUCAGUCGUACGAAAAAUCACUUAUCGUGUUUACACAUCGUUGUAAUCGUAGAGUCGUUGUUUGCUUAGUGAUUUACUCCUCGAGACUCCAAAUCGUCGAGUUCGUAGCUUUCAUCGAGUAAAGUGCAGUGGUGUGAAAAACCAGCAAAAAUGGUUCUGUUUCAGAAUCAUUCCGAUCCCAAGUAUCAGCUCCUGGAAGGUCCAAAGAAAAAAUGCAGCUGCGUAGCUCACUCUUGGGCAAUCUUCGGGCUCAUUGUGUUAUCAAUCACGAUUACGUUGAUAUCUCUGGUCAUGAUUUGGGAUCAAAUCAAACAAAUGCAACGUAAAACCGAAACCCUCGAUAUCGUUCUGUUUGGACCUAAACGAGAAAAUUCUGAUGUGGUACGGUUCUCGGAGUAUCGAGUCCUAUCGUAUGCUUUAGCUAACGGCAGCUAUAGCCCAUCGACUGAUCGACUCAAUAAAGCAUCUGGAAAUAAAAUCAACUCGAACGUUGAGACUUAUCAACACGUAGAAAAACCAUACGCUUUAGUUUGUUACUAUGUAACCCCAAGUCGAUCAUCUUCGGUCGAUCGAUUAUAUCCGGAUGAUAUCGAUGCUAAUCUAUGUACUCAUAUUAUCAUCUCGUUCGCCACAGUGCACAAUAACAGUCUUCAUUUCGCUGACACUGACAUCGUCGACCAGCUUUUAGCGUUGAAGAAAAACAACACGAAUUUAAAACUGCUCCUAUCUGUCGUCUCGUUUUCCACCUCGAGUGAUGCCUUCGCCACAAUGGUCUCGACCGAAGCAAACCGUAAAAUGUUCGUUGAAAGUGUUACUAGAGUAUUGGAAGUGUACUCGUUGGACGGCAUAGAUCUUGAUUGGGAAUUCCCGGCUUGGCCCGAAACUCGUGAUGUUAUCCAGAGAGAUCAAUUCACCGAACUGCUGAAAGAAAUGAGAACGUCUUUUGGUAGUAAAUUUAUGAUUAGCGUUGCCGUCGCUGCUCCUUAUGUAAUAUCUGAUCGAGCCUACGAUGUUCCUAGUAUGGCGUUAUACGUCGACUUCGUCAACCUGAUGUGCUACGAUUACCACGCUUACGUUUGGUAUUUACCUUUCACCGGACCGAAUUCGCCUCUUUUUUCAAGCGGCAUCGACGUCAAUUACGGAACCACCCUUAACACCAACUACACCGUUCAUUACUGGAUCGAUCGCGGUAUGCCAAGAAGUAAAAUCAUCGUCGGUAUGCCAACUUAUGGCCAUUCUUGGACGUUGAAAUACCCGAACAUAAAUGGUUACGGAGCAUUGGCCGAAGGAUAUGGGUCGAUAGGAGAGAAAGGAUUCGUAUCUUAUAGAAAAAUCUGCGAUUUUACCAAUUUAAAGGAUACAGUUACCGUAUUCGAUGGUAAUACCAGAGUCCCUUACGCUUAUAAUGAUAAAGAAUGGCUCUCGUUCGAUAACGAAAGAAGUCUCUCUUACAAGGCUGAAUACAUCGCCGAAAAAGGUCUCGGCGGAGCGAUGAUAUUCUCUCUGAAUCAAGACGACUUCGAAGGCACCGUCUGCCCCGAACGUGUAACUUUCCCAUUGGUCAAACGAGUCAAAAUGGUCAUACUGGACGACUUAUUAUAAUUCCUUCAAGCACCUCUUCAGCAGAGAGGCGAUGACGACAACGAUAGCUCGAUGCCAAUAUAGUUCAAUUUACCUACCCCCUGGCCCCUUGUCUCCUCUUGCCUUCCUUUCCUCCACAUUUGGAACUUGAACAAUCACUAUUCGAGUGUGUGUUCCCUGUCACGUGUCCGAUAAUACGUAAGACACUCGAUCACGAAAUUCGACAAUUUUUUUUUCCAAUUCUAGACUCUAGUUACCUACUCUAUGUUCCAUCGUAGUAUGAAAUAUUACGAGGAAAAUUUUCAGAAUAGCUUUAAUAAUAAAUCAACGGCCUUCGGAUCGUUCAAGGUGAUCCCCUGUACCCGUCCCCACCUCCCUGGCAGCUCGCACUGACGCAGGUGACCGACCACCACCGGACCGACGACCACGACCCAAGAAACACGAUACUCAUCAAUUAGUACAUUCUUUCGAGAGUAUUGUUUUUUUCUUUUCUUAUUUUUUUUCAUUAUUAUUACUCGUGUGUAUUGGUUGAAUUGUAUAAGAAACAAAAACAAAAAAAAACACCGGUGUUAAAUUAAGUUGAUGAUUGACGAUGGUCAUUGUUUGAAUGAUGAAAAAAAAAAAAGUAAUAAUGGAAUAAAGUGAUGAUGGAGUGAGGUAAAGAGAGAAUGUGAGAGAGAGAGAAAGAGAAAGACAGCAAUCCAAUUUCGGUGUAUAUUUCGUUACCAAGUAAUCUACUCUAUGUACUUCUAUAAAUAAAUAGCACGUUUGUACCAAUAUUAAUUUUGUGGUUUGGCAAUCAUCAAUUUAAUUUUUAUUAAUUUUUUUAUGCCUAUUUUUUAAGCCAUUUAUAUAGGAUUAGUGUUACUAUACGAAUUAGGUACAAAAAUUUUCCCCAUCUUUUUACCCUUCUCUCUUUUCUUCAACAAAUCGUUCGUAUACUUCGCAUGUCGUAGUAAGUAUUAAUAUUAUUAAUUAUUUUUGACGUUAUAUUAUACGUAAUUUCUACCCCCUCCUAUUAUAUUUUGUCCACGGUUUCAACAUUCAUGUACGUGUGUCUUUGCGCAGGAAAAUUAAAUCAUUUCGAAAAUGAAAAAAGUCAAUUCGCUGAAAAACUCCUUCGUCGUGUCCAUUGAUUGGUUAGAUUCGUAGAUUUGCUCGGAGAGGAGAAGGGAGGGAGUAUUUUUCUGCUGGCCAACAUUGCAGGUCUCUUUCAAGAUAAUAAUAUGGGUAAAUUUGCAAGAGAGGAGAGAAAGGGGAGGUUGAUUGAUACGAAGGAAAUAUUGGAACCAGUUUUACAGCUUUCAAAUUUCACUUCGUUUACUUUUUUGAACAACGAAUAAAUUUUUUUGAAAGGAAACGAGGUCAGAGGGGUAAUAUUUUUUAUAUUCUGCUGGAGAAGAAAGGAUCAGUCUGAUGCUUUUGUUUGUUGAGGGUCUUUUCUGCUCCUUAGCUCAUCUUCCUGGAGAAUCCCUGCAUCAUCAUUGGACACGUUCAGCAUCCAAAACGAAGGGAGUUUUUCAGCCCUGUGUUAAUUUUCCUGUAAAAUACUGCUGCGGAUGAUAUUUUUUUUUGUAUAGAGGCUGUGAACCAAUUUUAAAAUUAGAUUAUAUAUUUUAUAAAUCGUAUAAGUAUAUUUACGUACUCGCGUACAUAUUUUUUUCUUUUUUUUUAAAAUAUGAAAAAAUUGCACCCUCCGUAACCGUAUAUUACCUACACGUGCCCGAAACCACCAAGUACCAAACUAUACCUAUACUUAUGUACACCAGAUUAUUACGACGAACCUACCUACUUUUAUACGAAUAUUGAGUAUUUAUUACACUACGUAAAAAUAUGCACCACUUAUGAAGUUAUGAAUUUUUUUCGAUGCAUUUUUUUAAAAAUAUGUGUUACAGAAUUGGUUCGUUUCAACCAGUUUAAUUAUAUGUAUUUAUUUAUAUGUAUUUUGUACACGUACGUUUUCCCUCACCCCUGCCCCUCGAACACCACCAUAUAUUGUAUUAUUUUAUAGAAGCGUUUGCGUGCGUAUGUGAGUUAAAUAAUGGAUUGCUCAAAAAUGAAUUUAUAUAUUCUGAUUGUUUUAAUAAGACGUGAAUUUUAGAGUUAAAAAAAAAAACAAUUAAAUCAAAAUUAUUAUAUUUAUAUUACGUACGUUAUAUGUUACGUGUGUGUGUGUAAUUUGUGUAUGUGUUUUACGAUUUUAAGUUCGUGUUUUAAUUUUACCUAAGAUUUAUACUACCUUUUUUUUCUCUUUUUUUCUGUGACAAAAACGAGUUUGGUGUGAAAAUAAAUACUAUAGUAAAAAAUUUAAA